CACAACGCAAUUCCAUCAGCUUUUCUUCAGUUAUGGAACUGUCGUUGGAAUCGGUGUGGGAAUUACGAGGGAUUGCUCUACGUUGAUGGUGGCGCAGUAUUUUAAGAGGAGACGGGAAUUUGUAGAGAUUUUCAUCGUUUCUGGAAGUGGACUAGGAAUUGCCAUCAUGUCUACGAUUAUUCGUAGCACUAUUGGUGCUUUAGGUUGGAGGUUGGGUCUGCAGGUGGUGACUGGUGCCGUCUCCGCCACCUUCAUUCUGGGCACGUUCUACAGGUCUGCUUCGUUGUACCAUCCGCAGAGGCGCGCCAUCCUGCACAUCAAGAACCAGAAGCGUAAGAUCAAGGAUAAGAACAAGAUCGAGGAUAAGGUGCCGUUCUUCGACUUCAGCACGCUGAAGAGCAAGACGGUGCGGAUACUGCUGGUGUCCACUGGGAUUAGCGCUUUUGGAAUCAACACACCUUUGUUUUAUCUGGCGUAUCAGGCCGAGGUCGAAGGUCUUGGAGAUUCCACGGUGUUUCUACAGAUGUACCUGGGGUUGGCCUGGACCGUGGGAUGCGUGGUCUUCAGUACUCUGGUUCUGCACAACUCGACGGAAUGUCGCAUCGCCAGGCAAUACCUCACGCAGACCGCCGUGUUCAUGUGUGGCCUCUCCAUCUUAGCCUUCACAGUCGUCAGUGGAAACUAUCAUGCAUACGUUAUGUUUGCAUGGAUUUAUGGUAUUUUCUGUGGAGGAUAUCAUUAUUCGCUGAAGAUGUACACAUAUGAGAGGGUUAGAGCAAGGAAUUUCGCCAGGACGUGGGGUUUCGUGCAAUGCUCCCAGGCCAUCCCCAUCGUAAUAGGAGUACCGUUCUCUGGCUACAUGAAUGAACGAUGCGGCGACAGAGCAGGCUACUACUUCAGCUCCACGUGUGUCAUCGUCGGUUCGCUGACUCUCUUCCUCAUCGACCUGCAUCGCAGGAACAUCUCCAGGCACAAGCACACAAGGGAGAACGGAACCAGACAUCUGUGCGUCUCCGACACCUGUCCACAAAGAAGGAAGUUGUCAUUCUCGCAGGAACCCGAAAACGAUCCUGGAGGUGUCGCAGCAGGAGCAGCCGCAGCGGCUUUAGUCCUCGGCGCGGAUCUAGCGCCUAAUCAACCUGUAGGAUUAAUAGAUAACAUCGUCGGUUCCAACGAUCAGAAGGAGUUGACUUGCAUCUCCGAAGAAGGAAUCGCCGAUAUGGAUCUACCCGACAACUUGCUGGACGAUUUAGACUACAUAGGUGAUUGCAUAACGUCCUGCAACAAGGUGGAGAACUACCUGAUGCUCAGCGAAUUCGAGAACAACUUGAUUGCCGAAAUGCCCGUGAUUUUGGAUAGAAAAGGCAGGAGAUGGUCUCUGGCCAGGUCGAAGAUGACCAACGAGGAAAGCCACGUGCCGGAGGAAGAGAACGGUUUGAAGAACAACACCAAAUGGAAGGUCUUCCCCAACAGAGUGAUCACCGUCAUCGAUGAAUCUUCCGUCUGAUGGAACUCAACUUGAAUCGUCCGAAAUAUGAAUGAAUGAACUAGGAUCUAAACGUGCGCGGAAUCGCACUUAGAGGAGGAGUAUCUUCGGAUCAACUGCCAAUUUUUGUUUUUAUAUAAUGUAGUUAACGAACAGGUUUUUUCGCAAAGAGACUACUCACUGCCAGAUUCGAUUUUCGCGCGCGCAAAAAAAAAAUUAAAUAAAUAAAAUAACGAAUGAGUGUGUAUUUACAUAAA